GAUUUCUGGACAAUAUCAAUUUUUGCCGGCCAGGGAGGGAGAAGGGUCCCGCGCUGAAAAUAUUGCACGGGCCCCACGAGAGGGCCGCCCUGAAUAAAACACAACAGACAAGUAACCACUUAGCUCAAUCUUACACGAAGUCUUUCGUUUUUGCUGACGAACCACCAAGAACAAGAAGUCAAAAUAACCGUAGAAAUUUUAAAAAUUAUUUUGUUUAAAAAUGGAAGAAAAUAAAGCAAAUGAAAGUGAACUACUCGAGAGAGUUUUCAUGCGUCUUGGUAAUGCUGGCACGGAUCAUCAACUCGAAGAAUUCAUGAAGAAAUUCUUAACACCGGUACUUUUGAAACUGGCAAGUCGAAACGAAGAUGUAAAGAAAAAAGUGUUGGAACUCCUUGCUCAAAUAAAUCGCAUCUUAAAGAGUCGUGAAUGCGUUCAACUUCCAAUGGAGGAGUUGUUUCUACAAUAUCAGGAUCCUAAAUGCACCAUGUUUGUAAGAAACUUUACUAUUAUAUACUUAAAGAUGGGCUAUCCUCGUCUGAAUCCCGAUAAUCAACUGAUGUAUCUUCCUCGGUUGUUUUCAAGUAUGCAAGGAAAGCCAAAACCACAGCAAAUGUGUUUAUUACAAUUGGCAAUUCCUGUGCUGGCAAUGUUUUGUGGUGAGAAUACAUCUUUGACAAUGAAAGAUUUACAUUCUGUUAUAAUCAAAACUAAAGCUAUUCAAGAUUUUUUCCUAAACUUUAUACUUGAUAUUAUCAUACUUCCGUAUGGUGCCAUAACCAAUGAUCCAAAGAAUUGUGACGUACCAUCUGGCCUUAGUCGUGUUUCAUUUCAACAAUUAAUGUCUACCAGCAUCAACUUGGAUAAUCUUGAAUCCAUCAAACUUGGAAUAUUAAAGUUUCUUUCAUCAGAUUUGUUUGAUGCACCAUUGAUCCUUAUUCAUCUUGUUGUUGCUACUGGUGACAGUCAUCAUACUAUUUGUGAGUAUGCCAGCCAUCAAAUCAAAAGAAUCACGGAUUCAUCUCAUUGGGAACAUUUUGGUGUCAUGAAUCGGUUAUUGUCAAUUUUCUUGGUACUAUCAACCUCCGGUAAACCUGAGGUUCCCUUGGAUGAAAGUCGUAAACCUGCCAGCAUUUCCCUUAAGUUGAAGAUCUUUCCAUUUCUCUUGAAGUCACGUAAGUGUGCAGAUAUUUUUCCUGCCUGUCUGCAGGUUGUCUUCCAGGCUGAUCAAAUUGAGUUUAAAAAUCAGGCAAAACAUAAGCUUAAGAAAUUUAAAAUUCAAUUUAUCCACCAUUUGUGUGAGUUUAGUUCAGAUAAAGUGAUGGGAAUUUUGUCACCAAUACUUCUGUCAACCUUAAUGAAGAUGACUGUAGAUAAUGAUGGCGAGGAAGAUGCGGAGCGAAUUACUUUUCUUGCUAUUGGUAAGAUUGCAAAGCGAUCACCGUUACUCUUUCAUAAAGAUGCAACAGUACUUCAAAAUCUUUUCCAAGCAUUAAACAACAAAGAUGUUGAUACAUGUCAGGAUAUUAUUGAAGCAAUGAGCAUGAUUGCAAAAGCCUGUAAACGAGCAACAUCACAAACUCUGGCCCUGAUUGAAGCAUUGAUAUUAGAUAACGUUUCUCAAGAGAAUCCUCAAAGUCGUCUUGCAGCUGUAAAAGUUGCCAACAUCCUUUUUCCUAGUAAUCACGUAAAAUCACGUUAUGUGUGUUUAUUAGCGUCUGGUGACGUUAGAAACGAUAUUCGCGAGGAAUGUAAUCGUGGUUUACUGCUGAACCAACUCAAACAACCAAAUGAUACCUUCGCUUUCCCAAAUUUUUGUGAAAUGGUCAUGUUUGUACAUCAGAGCAUCGAUGGCGGGAACGGUCGUUAUAAACAAAGCUAUUUAACAUCCGCUGGCAGUUUACCUCACUCACCCUUAGUGUUCAUGAAUAUCCUUCAAUAUCUUGAACGAUGUUUGAAAUUUAGCUCUGAAGUUAGCCAGGAAGAUGAAGAUAACGACCGAGAGCUUAUUCCUAUCUCGAAGUAUGUUCAAACUAUUGUUAAGAAUCGAGUGAUUGUCAUUCAUAAAUACUUAGCGUUCAUAAGAGAAGCUUUAAAACCCUCUGGAAACAAUGAACUUCAUGCUGUUGCACUCAAGAAUCUUCUUGCAAUCAUCUCGUCAGCUCCCGAUGAUCUCAUGUCAAAACUCAAUGAAACUGGAUUAUCGUGGAUAAAGAAUUUCAUUUGGUCAUCAAACAGUGUCAUCCGUGACAUCUCUGCCAACAUAUUUGCCAUCUUGAUUUGUCUAUCUGGCAAAGAGAUCAUUCUUCAAGAGCUCACUGGUUUAAUGACCUCCAUUAAUGAUUCGUCAGACGCUGUUCAAUGUGGAACGAUCAACUGCCUUGGUCAUUUGAUUGGUCAAUAUCUUGGAAAAGAAAAUUUCAACAAUCAACAAAAGAUGGAACUGGAUGAUAUUGAGGUAUCUGAAAUGACCGCGGAGAAGAUUACAAAAUGUAUAUCAGAAGCUUUUACAGCGAUUAUUCAAUUUCUUUUAAGUAAAUCAACUUAUCAUGUUCUUACUUGUUGUGAUGCUACCGGCGAAGUGUGUAGACAGGGCUCCAUGCCAUUACCAGAUGGUGUCCUUACCUCCAACAAUGAUAAAAACAAACAAGAAAUUCUAAAUAAAGCUGAUGUCAUUAAUCAGUUGACGCACAUUUUGAAUAAUUCUAAAGAGCAGAAAUUAUCAGAAAAAGCUGCCCAAGUUCUUGGAAUGAUCUGUAUUGGAGAAGAGAGUUCUAUUUUCGUUAAUGAAAUUGCCGAGAGACUAUUUGCUACUGCUUCAAGUAAACGUGAUAUCGACUUUCAAUUUACUGUCGGAGAAGCUUUGUCUUGCGUUGGUGCCGGAGGAUUUUCGUCUGCUUUACGUAGUAAAUGGCGUGUGGGGACUGGUACGAGUGAUGAAAUUCCCGGAACCAAAAAGACGAUGCUGUGGUUGCUGGGAAGGAUCAUGAAUGAGUUUAUCAUAAGUGACAUAGCAAGUGUUAGAAAAGCUUCUUGUGUAUGGUUAUUGGUGAUUUUAAAACACUCAGGUCAACAUAGUGCCGUUCAAGAAACGAUGGCGUCCAUUCAAAAAGCUUUCUCCGCCAUGUUGUCGGAAAAUGAUGAAAUUGUCCAAGAGGUUUCUUCUAAAGGACUCAGCCUCAUUUACGAGUAUGGAACAGAGGAAUUUCGAAAGGACAUUGUCUCAUCUUUAGUUGAAACAAUGUUAUUUAACAAGAAAAAAGUACAAAAUAUCACCGCAGAGACAAAACUCUUUGAUAACGCGAUGCCACUCGGUGACUCAGGACAACUUUCCACGUAUAAAGAAUUGUGUUCAUUAGCAAGUGAUAUGAAUCAACCAGAACUCGUUUAUCGUUUUCUACAUCUUGCUAAUCAUAACGCUCUGUGGAACUCGAAGAAAGGAGCUGCAUUUGGUUUCGCCUCUAUUGCCGCUCAAGCUAAGAAAGAACUUGAACCUCAUUUGAAGACUUUGGUUCCAAAGUUAUACAGAUAUCAGUUUGAUCCGAACAGCAAAGUUCGUGAAGCGAUGUUAAGUAUUUGGCAUGCUAUCGUCAAAGAACAACAUAAAGUUGUGGAUAAGUACAGUGGGGAGAUCUUGGAUGAGUUACUUGCCAAUCUUCAUAGCACAGUAUGGCGUGUACGACAAUCCUGUUGUGUCGCUGUUGGUAAUUUUUUAAAUGGUCGAUCGCUUGAUGGAAUCAUGAGUUAUCUUCCUCGACUGUGGACAAUGUGCCUUCGCGAUAUGGACGAUAUUAAGGAGACUGUUCGAAAUGCUGCUAGCGUUGCCUGUAAAACACUUCAAUCUGUAUCUGUUCGUUCUUGUGAUGUAAAUCAGGGGAAAAUAGGACAAGAAUCUAUCCGAGUUCUUCUUCCUGUCUUAUUGGAACAAGGUAUCGCUAGCCGAGUGGAUGAUGUACGCAAGCUUGUCUUGGAUACUGUCGUUAAAAUCAGUAAGAACGCUGGUAGUCUUCUAAAGCCACACAUUCCUGUACUCGUUACUACACUCCUAGAAGCGUUGAGUGGUUUGGAACCACAGCAGUUGAACUAUCUUAGCUUACAAGUACAUAAAGAUGCUGACUUGCAAGAGAAACUUGAAGAUGCAAGAAUAUCAUUUUCAAAAUCUUCACCAAUGAUGCAAACUGUAUCAUUGUGCGUGCAACACGUGGAUUCUGAUGUUCUCAUUGAGUUGGUUCCUCGUAUCACUGAGUUAUUACGUGGGGGUCUGGGUCUUGGAACGAAGGCGGGUUGUGCGGGUUUUGUUGUGUCAUUGGUGCAGCAUUGUGGUCAGGAUUUACAACCUCACGCUGGCAAGUUGCUAAGUGCUUUGUUGUCUGGUCUAAAUGACAGAAGUCAAGCUAUUUGUAAGAAGUACGCCGAAGCUAUCGGUUCUUUAGUCAAAGUUGCAAAGGAUAACAGCGUCUCCAAGUUGUUUGCGAAAAUGAAAUCGUGGUAUUUUGAAAAGGAGAGCUCGUCUUUACAAAAUGCAUGUGGUUUAGUUUGCAAGGAAAUCUCGAGAUCAUCUCCUGAUGUGAUAUCCCAUCAUGCAGCUGCUGUCUUACCUCUUGCCUUUGUUGCCAUGCAUCGGAAAGAAAGUGCAGAUGGAAAGAAAACGCCAUGGAACGAUAUAUGGACUGAAAAUACACCUGUAUCAAGCCGUGGUAUCCUCUUAUAUCUAAAUGAAAUAAUAGUCAUUACAACGACAUUGUUGAGUGGUCAAUCUUGGCUACGUAAAGUAGAGGCCGCUCAAUGCAUUCAAACUAUUGUCAUAACGUUAAAUAAAGAUUUUCCUAAGCAACAUUUGGAUGGUAUCAUUGCUGCUCUUGUUUCUGGACUAGCAGGCCGUACUUGGGAUGGAAAAGAAAGUCUAGUUGACUGCGUGAGUAAAGUUUUUGUUCAAUGUCACUCUGUUUUGAAUGAUGAUACCAGCAGAGUCAUAGCUAAUGCUGUCUUGAAAGAAUGUCGUAAACAAAAUAUUCCCUACAAGAGGAACGCCAUUAAAUCUCUUGGACAAAUUCUCCAUGAGAAAAAUGACAUUGUUCUCUUUGAAGAUGUAUACGAUAUUCUUAAGCCUAUUGUCAAUCCUGAAAAAAAGAAAGAUGAAAAUAAUGAUGAAAAAUCUGAAGAAGAAGAAGAAGAAAUCACAGAUGUAAAACUUCUUAUCAAUUCCUUUGAAUGUCUUGGGUUUGCCUGGCCAGUGGAUAAAUCUCGUCAAAUUGCAAAGAGACAUGAAAUCCUGCAUCUACUUGCGUCCUCUCUCAAAAAUCAUCCUUGGAAAGUCCAAUUGUCCAUACUUUCAGCUCUUAUUGGCUAUGUUAAUAAAGUAUCAGAUGACGAGGAUGCAGAAUUCCUUGGUGAGAUUUUUUUGAUUUCUUUUUCUGAACUGUACCCUUGCCUUGAAAAUCUGAAAUACGCUGCAAUCCGUCUGAAAAGUUUGGAUUUGGCUCACGACUUGUUGCUGUUGGUCGAGAGAACUAGUUUCGUACUUGACAGUAAACACAAAGAAAAAGUUCGCGAACUGUAUCGUGUUCUUGCAAUUUUGAGAAACGACAACAACGAAAAUGUGAAAAGCAAAACUUUAAAACUCGAUGUCCUUGUAAAGAAAUACAUGUAGACAAACCGUUGAAAAUUGACUUUUGUGAAGGCUGAAGCCAAAUAGAAAUGAUAUUGAUAAUCAAUACAGUAAAUAGAAUUAAUUCUUGGUAUUGUUUAA